AUGCACGCUAGGAUAGGGGGGUGCGACCGGGAAUUUCUCAUUCUUGAAAGACUGUGUGAGGAGGCUGCACAGGCAGAGGCGGAGGCAGAGAAGAAUAGGAAUGUGGAAGCAGAGGAGAGGAAGAUGGAAGAUGAGAAUAUUGCGAGUAGAGAGGGUGAAGAUGAAAAUGAAGAUGAGGAUGCGGAUAGCGAGUGCUCCUCUAGCCUGAGAGAAUUCCUAAUUCUCGAAAGGCUCUGUGAGGUAGGUGGCCAGUUGAGCACGAUAGAGGAAGAAGAAGAAGAAGAAGAAGAAGAGGAGGAGGUGGAGGUGGAGGAGGACAGGAAUAUGAACACCCAGAUGACUGCCAUAGAGAAGAAGGUAGAGAUGUGGCUUCCGGAGACGGCGACCACAUACAAGGAGAGAAGUUAA